AGGAGGAAAAUCAGAUCUGGUGUGGAGGGAGCAGCUCAAUCCCCAAGGAGCUCAGAUGGUGCGGUGGCUGUACCUGUCGGGGCUGGUGUUCGCCGUGCUCAUCCCGGCCGGAUGGCAGGUGGCUCCCAAGGACUUGCAGGACCUGUCCAGCAGAUGGAAGUUGUUCGGAGCCCAGAACUCCCGGAGCCUCCUGUCCCACAUCAAGCGACACUCAGAGGGGACCUUCACAAGCGACUUCACGCGGUACCUGGACAGGAUGAAGGCCAAGGACUUCGUGCAUUGGCUCAUCAACACAAAGAGGUACAAUUAACAGCAAAUCCAGGCAGCAGCUUUCCAGCCGCGUCCACACGGGAAGGUUGGGCCUCUCCUCACCCGCCGGGAUCGGAGCUCCAGGGGAAGGAUUCACCCAUCACCCACAGCUCCUGGACCCAGCCCACAGGCCCUGGGAGCUCCUCCUGAAAUCUGCCCCCAUGGAUCAGCCGUCCCUCCAGCCUGGAUUUCUCUCUGGCUUCCUUCUCCCCGCAGUUUCCCCUAA